CAUUCUUUCCCGAGUGUCGUCAUUCUCACCGUGUGUUCGCUCGAUCGUCGCUCUGCCAUGUCUUUCUGACAUUUCACCCGGUGUAAGCGAGAAACAGUAUCUGAUCCAACCUCCCUCCCCCGCGCCUUUCUCGAACAUCCAACAUAUAAUCCGCCAUGGGCCGAGAAAGCGCCCAUCGACGGCGCUCGUACCCGACCAUGUUCACCCGCAAACCGACCAACAUCUUCGCCCUGAUCCUGCUGUUCGUCAUUGGCGCCUCGAUCUUCAAAGUGGAGUUGGGAAACGGCCCCUUCGACCCGCGAUCCCUGUACCGUCUGGAUCUCCAUCAUAAAGAAUCCGAUCACUGGGAGUGGGAGACUACGACUCGCUUUGCGCGCUUACAACCGUACCAAGUCGAUGAUGACCACAUCUGCGAUUCGUUCCCGACCUAUCUGCUCCCGCGCAUCCAGAUCGUGCUGAAGAUCGGGGCGUCCGAGCCGCUGGAUCGCGUCAAAGCCCAUUUGUCCACCGUCACUCGCUGCAUUUCCAACCUCAUUGUGGUCUCCGACCGGGAGUCAGAGCUUCAAGGCCAUCAUGUGCACGACGUGCUAGCCACGCUGCCAGAAUCUUUCCGAGCCAACGUGUCCGACUUUGACGCGUACGAGGCCCUACAGAAUGGCCGAAUGAAAUCGGUGGCGGGUUCCCAAGGGUGGCGACUCGACCGCUUCAAAUUCUUGCCCAUGGUGGAACGAGCGCAUGAGAUCAACCCGACCGCGGAUUGGUUUGUCUUCAUCGAAUCCGACACCUAUGUUGUCUGGGACAAUAUGUUCCGCUUCCUCGACCAAUUCGACCCCUCCGCGCCCUUGUACAUGGGAUCUCCGGCGCCGGGACGACCGCUGGCUCACGACGAGAUCUCCUAUUUCGCCUAUGGCGGCUCCGGUUUCGUGCUUUCAACGGCUGCAGUCAAGAAAUUGAUGGCGCGAGAGACCGGGCCCCACGGAGAAUAUACGCAGCCGCCGCUCAGCCAGCAAUACGAGGAGUUAGUCAAGGCAGAUUGUUGUGGGGAUUCGAUCCUCGGCUGGGCGUUGCAUGAGAAAGGCGUAGAGCUCUCAGGAUUCUGGCCCAUGUUCAACCCCCAUCCUCUCCACGGCAUUCCGUUCGACGCGAGCCAGUAUUGCCAGCCCGUCAUCAGUAUGCACAAGACCUUGAUCUCGGAUCUGGCUGGGUUGAUGCACUUUGAGACUCAACGCGAUCGCAGUGAACCUCUUCUGUAUGCGGAUCUAUUCGAUUAUCUGAAACUGGGCACCUUUGAUGAGCGCCUCGACUGGGACAACGGCGAUUGGGGUGGCUGGCAGGAACCUCCCGAGAACCCCGGUCAUGCCUCCUUCGAUGCUUGUCGGGCUGCGUGCCACGAGCACCCGGACUGUCUAAGUUUCACGUAUGACUCGACCGGACACUGCGUUUUCGUGCGGACUGUGCGACUGGGGGCCAAGAAGCUGCUUGAUGAUGCCAGCACGCGGCUGUCAUCGGGAUGGGACCUGGAGAAGAUCCAGCACUGGCGCAAUGGGCAUCAGUGUGAGAAGCCGCUGUGGGUGAAGCCAAGCACGACGCGCAAAUUCUGAAUGGCCGGAAGAGUCUUAUCAAGAGAAGAAACGGCG